UGCAUGAGGGGCCGCAGGGGCGACCGCAUGACCACCAACAUCCAGGAGCACAUGGCCAUCAACGUGUGCCCCGGGCCCAUCCGGCCCAUCCGCCAGAUCUCUGACUACUUCCCUCGCCUGGCACCGGGACCCGAAGGGGGUGGCCGGGGAUGUGGAGAGGCCCCGGCCCACCUGGCCCCCCUGGCUCUGGCCCCCCCUGCGGCCCUCCUCGGGCCCAGCACACCUGAGGAUGGGGCUGAGGUGGACAGCUACGACUCAGAUGACACCACUGCCCUGGGCAUGUUGGAGUUCGACCUUCUCUAUGACCAGGCCUCCUGCACCCUGCGCUGCAGUAUCCUCAGGGCCAAGGGCCUCAAGCCCAUGGACUUCAAUGGCCUUGCCGACCCCUACGUCAAGUUGCACCUGCUGCCUGGCGCCUGCAAGGCCAAUAAAUUAAAAACCAAGACUCAGAGGAACACGCUGAAUCCUGUGUGGAAUGAGGACCUGACGUACAGCGGGAUCACGGGUGAUGACAUCACUCACAAGGUGCUCAGGAUCUCUGUCUGCGAUGAAGACAAGCUGAGCCACAAUGAGUUUAUUGGGGAGAUCCGUGUGCCUCUCCGCCGCCUCAAGCCUUCACAGAAGAAGCAUUUUAACAUCUGCCUCGAGCGUCAGGUCCCGCUGGCGUCACCCUCCUCCAUGUCUGCAGCGCUGCGGGGCAUCUCCUGCUACCUGAAGGAGCUAGAGCAGGCUGAGCAGGGGCCUGGACUCCUGGAAGAGCGUGGGCGCAUCCUGCUGAGCCUCAGUUACAGCUCUCGGCGCAGGGGGCUGCUGGUGGGCAUUGUUCGCUGCGCCCACCUGGCAGCCAUGGAUGUCAAUGGCUACUCUGAUCCUUAUGUGAAGACGUACCUGAGGCCAGAUGUGGACAAGAAAUCCAAGCACAAAACAUGUGUGAAGAAGAAGACUCUAAACCCAGAAUUUAAUGAGGAAUUUUUCUAUGAGAUAGAACUCUCCACCCUGGCUACCAAGACUCUGGAAGUCACCGUUUGGGACUAUGACAUUGGCAAAUCCAAUGACUUCAUAGGCGGCGUGUCCCUGGGGCCGGGUGCCCGAGGAGAGGGCCGGAAGCACUGGAGUGACUGCCUGCAGCAGCCGGACGCGGCUCUGGAGCGCUGGCACACCCUGACAAGCGAGCUGCCCCCUGCAGCCGGGGCGCUCCCCUCGGCCUGAGACCAGCAGCCGCCUGCAAGGCCCCCGGGCAGGGCCCAGGACCCAACCUUCGCACGAGUGUGUUGCACGUUUACACGGGUGGGAGGCCCUGCCCUGCACUACCUGUCUUAUUUCUGUGAGAGUCUCCGUGACUGUGGGUCUGUCUUCUUGUGAGGGAUGUGGGGCUCUAUAUCCACAUAUGCAGAUUCCUCUUGCCUGACUCGCUGUUUCCUGCAAAUAUGCAAACUCCCCUCUGCACCCCGAGGAGUGCUGUCCCCAGGUCCCUCGUGGCCCUCUGUGCCUCUCCAAGCUGCCCGGCCCCUCACCCACAGGGAGGAGGUCGGAUUAGGGGAGGCUCGGAAGAGAAUGUUUCCAAGGGACAAAGAAGAGCUACUCAUUUAAUACAGAAAUUUCAUUUGAAAAGUCCUAGCCCUGUACAGCUGCCCUUUUAAAGGGGUGGCCACCAUGGGGUGCUGUUGCUCCAGAGGCAGCAGAUGCUCCUGGCCACUCAUUUAAAUAACCGUCCCCCUGGCUGGGGCCGGGAUGUGAGGGCAGGGCCCCUGCCACCUUCCUGGGGGACAUCUGUGCAUGUUUACGCCUUUUCUGGUCAUGUCAGUGGCCAAAGCAUGGCAACUGGGCAUCAAUAAACAUCUCUGAGGAA